UCCUGCAACACCUCACACUCCAGCAGCCAUCUCAUCCGGCUAUACUGCAGCAUGGAUUCUACCAGCACACUCCACCUGUGGCUGUUCUGCUUGCUGCUCAGUGCUGCAGUCCCAAAACCCACCUGUGAUCCCAGUGCCUGUCCAGCCUGCCCCGAGCCAGGACCUGGGGGCUGCUGCCCGUCAUGCGUGCCGGCCUGUGCCUGCCCACCCUACCUGCAGGAUGACUGCGAAAUGCAAGGCUUCAGUGAUAGACAUGUCCCCACGGGCAGGUCCUUCUACAUCGACUUCGCCCGCAAGCUGUGCACUUGCCAGCCCAGCGGGGACAUCACCUGCAGCUCACGCUGUGACCCCGUGCCUGCUUCCUGCCAGGCUGUGGGCAGCCCAGUGGCCGAUGGCUGUCCCCGCUGUGUCUGCUAUGAUGAGGAGGAGGUGGCUGUGCUUGCUGGCUCCGUAGUGCCCCAAGGUGGCCAGCUCUGCACCUGCCCUCCCCAGGGUGGCCAACUGCAGUGCAGUGAUGGGGGUGAGGCAUGAUCUGCUCCAAGGGCAGUGGGACUGGAGGCUUGCAGGGAGUGGGAGGCCUUCUGCUCCAUCAGGCCUCUUCACUGGAAUGCAUUCCAGGCCUCAAACUGUCCCAUCAUGCGGGGAGAUGCUGUGCUGUUGCAUCUAAGCAUCUUUUUAGUGGGCAGACAGAUUGGGUUGGUUACUGAUGGCACUGCAAUGAACCAAACUGCAGUUAUUUAUUUAUUUGUGAGGUUAUUGUGCUUUUGUGAGUGUCUAUGUUUAUAUAGGAUGUGGAUGUGUGUGUCUUAAGUAAGUCAACAGAUUAGAGACAAGCUCUCCCCUUCCUGCUGCUGGAGACAGUAGAAUGUGCGCCCUGAAUGCUCUGAAGUGUGCGCUGUAUAUAUUUAUAUCCUCAUAUAUAUACA